GUGUGUGUCAGUUCGUCGGGUAGGUUGGUGGCGGCGUGAGAGAUGAAGAGCUGCGGCGGGGGAGGAGCGGACGGGCAGCAGUGCCCGUGCGACUACUGCGGGGAGGCGGCGGCGGCUCUGCACUGCCGCGCGGACGCCGCGCGCCUCUGCGUCGCGUGCGACCGCCACGUGCACGCCGCCAACGCGCUUUCGCGGAAGCACGUGCGGGCGCCGCUCUGCGCAGGGUGCGCCGCGCGCCCGGCCGCCGCGCGCGUCUCCCUCGGCGCCGACCCGGCGUUCCUCUGCGCGGACUGCUGCGAGGGCUGCGCCGCCGCUUCCGCGGCGCGCGUGUCGGUUGAGGGCUUCUCGGGGUGCCCCUCGGCGGCCGAGCUCGCCGCGUCAUGGGGGCUCGACCUCCGCCGCGCGGCCGUGGCCGUGGGCGACGACGGCGACGGCGGCGACGACGACGACCCCUUCCUCUCGGUGCUCGACUACUCCGUGCUGGGGGUGGGGGUGGCCGACACGGACCUGCGCGACCUCUACGUGCCGUGCGACCCACCGCGGGUGCCCGUCCCCGACGCCGGCGCGCGCCCGCUCAGGGGCGAGGCGCUGUGCGACCAGCUCGCGGAGAUGGCGCGGCGCGACGAGGCGGACACGUCCCACGCGCACCCGCACUCGGAUCUGAGCCCGCGCACGCCUCGCCGCACCUCCGCGGCUUCCAGCGGACGCCUGCCGUCGGGCAAGAUGGCGCCCCCCGCGGCGCUGCCGGUGCCGGCUCAUCCUCCUCCCGCCGCGCCGCAGGAGGUGCCUCUGCCGUACACGUCCCUGCUCAUGAUGGCGUCCGCCAACUGCAGCGACCUCAUUGGCGGCGGCGACCGGGUGGGUGAUACCGACGAACAACUGCUCUGGGACUGCGCUGCGCCCUCGGUGCCGCCCACCCAGAUAUGGGACUUCAAUUUAGGACGGUCAAGGCAUCACGAUGAGAAAUCUGCUCUUGAAGUUGGAUACGGUUCUAACCAUGGCGGCUUUAUGAUUAAGAGUUACAGUGACAUGCUUAAGGACAUUUCUUCGGGGACAACGAAAGAUCUGGAAGAUAUUUAUGACUCAAGAUACUGCUCAACCGCCGAAGAUAUCAUGUCCUCUAAUAUCUGUCAGUUGUCAUCGAAAAAUGUGAGCACCGGGAGCAACAAACGGAAGGUGAGGUCAUGUGCUGCGUCGACGAUGGAUGGACCAACGACCUCCGGGAACCACAACCACGUACCCGCUUCAGCUUCAGGUCCAGGAGCAGCGCUCACCAGGGAGAUCUCCUUCGGGGAUCAGACGGUGUCCGCCCCCGCGGCCGAGACCGAGAGGCCUGCCGCCGUGAGGAUCGACAGCGAGACGCUUGCGCAGAACAGGGACAGCGCCAUGCAGCGGUACAGGGAGAAGAAGAAGAACCGCAGGUACGAGAAGCACAUCCGGUACGAGUCGAGGAAGCUGCGGGCGGACACGAGGAAGCGGGUGAAAGGGCGGUUCGUCAAGUCGACCGAAGCACUCAACGCCGCCAGAUACAACGGAUGAGGCAGCCAUAUAUAUAUAUAUAUAUGCAUGGCCUGCGGGCGGAUGAGUUUGCUGCGCGCCUGCGUUAUUACGUGCGGUAGUUACCUCACGGAGAGGUAGGUACUGCUACCUGGAGGUGCUACGUAUGUAUGGCGCGGCCGGAAUCGCUACGCACGCGGCCCAAGUUUAAUUUUGCGUUGAAGCUAUAGCGAUCGUGGCCAUUGUUGGGCAGUCAACUCCAGAGAUUGCACGGU